AGUUUCUAAACAUGCGAAGAACUUGCUACUGUAGCCGUAAGUAACGACUUCGUACAAAUCCUGCAUGAUGUUGCCUUCCAUGUCUAGAUGCUAGCGACGACUUUUCAACCUUCGUUUUGCACAUUAUUUUCAACAUCACCUCCUUAAUCCCUACAAGACAUGUCGUCCUUGACCGCACCAGCUGCAAAAAUGAAAAAGAAAACCAAGAAAUCUGCCUCGGCACCGAAAACCGCCGUUGAGCGGCCCGCGGUGGUGACGGCUGCGAAUUUUUCGGAGCAGGACCCGCUUCCCCUGCGCAACGAAAAGCAGGUGAAGAAAUCAUUCUCUUCCGGAAACGGCAGUAAGCCGGAUAUCAAGCUUUCGCGGAAGUUGAAGCGCACCAUCCGUGUUGAGUCCAAGGCGGAGACAGAAUUGGAGAAGCGGGAUGCGGUGUUGCGCCAGGAAAACGCGGGCGGGUUGAUGGAGGCGGACCCGGAAGUCUUCGGGGAGAAGACGCUGAAGGUCCGACAGGACGAGAUUCUCGAUUCCGUGGACAUCGGGACACAAGCCAAGGCCAUCGAUUUAGCGCUCCCUUUCGGCGACUACAGUGUGAGCUACACUCCGUCGGGCAGACACAUGGUGCUCGCCGGGAGCAAGGGCCACGUGAGCUUGUUGGAUACCCAGUCUCUGAGCACAGCUUGCGAGUUGAAGCUGAAGGAAUCUGUCCGUUGCGCGCAAUCCUUCCACAACGACAACUUGUUCGCGGUCUCGCAGAAGAAGUGCUGUUUCGUGUACGACCGGAACGGCAUGGAGAUCCACAAGAUGAAGGAGCACAGCCUGGUGCACCAAAUGGAGUUCCUCCGCUACCACUUUCUGCUGGUCACCGGGUCCGAAUUCGGCGACAUCCGGUACCACGACAUCGCCACGGGGCAGGGCGUCGCGCACCUGCGCACGAAAAAGGGCCCGGUGAAAUGUCUCCGGCAGAACAAGCAAACCGCGGUGAUGCACUGCGGCCAGGCGAACGGAGUGGUGUCGCUGUGGACGCCGACCAUCAAGGAACCCUGCAUGAAAAUUCUCGCGCACAAGGGCCCGGUGGACCACCUGGACUUCUACCGCGACCACUACAUGGUCUCGUCCGGGGGCGACGGCCGCUGGAAGAUCUUCGACCUGCGAAAGCCGGCGGAGCCGGUGCUGUCGCAGUCCUACUACGGGUGCCCGGUCACCAGCAUAGACGUGUCCCAGACCGGAUUACUCGCGUUUGGCAUGAACAAGAAGGUGCAGGUGUUCGACUCCAAGAUCUGGAAUAGCGCGCCGGAAAUGCUGACGACAGCAGGUACGAACAAAGUACAACAGCCGAUGAAGAAGCUGAACCAAGUGCAGCGUGCGAAACGCGCGGAACAGCAGGCGAAUCUGCCGGCGCUGACCGCGACAAGGAGAGCGGCGGAGCCGUACAUGCAGCAAACUUUUCCGGGGAAAUUCGUCCAGUGCGUCCGCUUCCAGCCGUUCCAGGACGUCUUGUCCGUCGGGACGUCGGCCGGCUUAUCGCAGCUGCUGGUCCCCGGCGCCGGCCACGCCUUCUUCGACAGCUACGGGGCGAACCCGUACGAAACCAAAACGCAGAAGCGCGAGCGCGAGGUGCACAUGCUGCUGGACAAGGUACCGCACGACAUGAUCGUGUUCAACCCGGCAUUUGACAGUCGUGGGACCAAACACCUCGUUGGCAACUUCAAAAAGCAAAACAACUCCACGGCUUCUAGUAGUGCCGCUGCGUCAUCUACUUCCACUGCCGCUCCGAGUACCGGAACUACAUCAGAAGACAAGAAGAGCAAGAGCAACGAUUGGCUUGGGUCGCAUGAGUUGGACAAUAGUGGCAAGAUUGUCAAUGUCAAAAGCACGACGGGCGAGGACGACUCAGACGUGGACUCUGAGGAGGAGUUCGAACAGACCGGAAUCCGGUUGACCCGCGGCAAGAAAAAGAUGCGCGGGAAGAACAAGAUCGGAAAACGCCUGAAGAAAAAGGAAGUGGCAAAGGGCGAGGAGAAACGCGAAGGCACGCGCAAGGUCAAACGAAAGAAAGCUCCAUCGGUGGCACUGGAUCGAACUGUGGAUGUCAAGUCGGAUGGUGCGCUUGCAAGGUUCAAAAAGAAGAAGAGACGGAUGGACGAACUGGAGUAAGAAUGCAUUUUCAUUUUGAUUCUUUUCCACGACAACUUCACAUCUUCGACGGACUUUUCCUGACGUGCGCAAGAACAACUCACAUGCAAAUGCAUUCAUCACAACUCAUCUUUUUCUUGCGGUGAAGAUCCUUCUUCGAGGCAAUAGGUAUGCGGAC